AUGUUCCUUACACGUUCUGAGUACGACCGUGGUGUGAACACAUUCAGCCCUGAGGGAAGGCUGUUCCAAGUGGAAUAUGCUAUUGAAGCGAUCAAACUUGGUUCGACGGCGAUCGGUAUCUGUACGUCUGAAGGUGUAGUUUUGGCUGUUGAAAAGAGGAUUACUUCGCCUCUGAUGGAGCCUACUACUAUUGAGAAGAUUGUGGAGGUGGACAGACAUAUUGCUUGCGCUGUGUCUGGGUUGAUGGCUGAUUCUAGAACUCUAGUGGAGCGUGCCCGUGUGGAGUGUCAGAACCACUGGUUUGUGUACAAUGAGCGCAUGAGUGUGGAGUCUUGUGCUCAGGCUGUGUCCAACUUGGCUAUACAAUUUGGAGAUAGUGAUGAUGACAGUGGAACUGCUAUGUCCAGGCCUUUUGGUGUUGCUGUUAUGUUUGCAGGUAUUGAUGAGAAAGGUCCUCAGUUGUUCCACAUGGAUCCCAGUGGUACAUUUGUGCAGUAUGAUGCUAAGGCCAUCGGCUCUGGUAGUGAAGGCGCUCAGCAGAGCUUGAAGGAAGUCUACCACAAAUCCAUGACUCUCAAGGAAGCUAUCAAGUCAGCGCUCACGAUCCUCAAGCAAGUGAUGGAAGAGAAGCUGUCAGAGAACAAUGUGGAGGUGGUGACCAUGACUCCUGGAUCCAUGUUCCACAUGUUCACCCGGGAACAGCUGGCCGAGGUUAUCAAAGACAUACCUUGA